CUUUAGCAUAAUUGUAUAUAGGAGAUAGCCCCACAACCUCUCAGGUUUGAUAUUUAUGUGCAGCAGCAGCUAUCUUACCUAGAACACGCCAUCGGCAAGCAUACCCACAUAGAAUCCACCAGAUGUUUUGAUUUGCGCCACUUUUCACAUAAUUAACUUGAGACAUCAGCGUGGCUCUGCUGGGUCCGGCCCAUGGCAAUGUUUCGGCGCUCCCAGCCAGUUUGGGUGCUGCUGGGGGUGACCAGACACCAUGGGUUACCGGGGAAGGUUGAUGUUAUUGACUUGAAGUUUACUCAGCCAUGGCUUUUGGUGGAGCUUCUCUCGACUGCCGCCGACACCUCGCGGACUCGCAGGGAGCAAUCGGUUGCAUUCCCCCAGCACAUUGACCAUCUUCGACUCUUGCACCCGAUAGUGCGUUCAGCAAUUGCGGCAAAAAGUCAGGGCUUCCACACGAACAGGUCUCUUCUGUGGCCUUUCGAACCUUCUCCUCCUUGUCUGUUUCCGGACAGCAAGCAAGGGAAGGAUGCUAAGAGCGUUGCAGCUCCACUUCCCAAGGCCGAAGACUGUGAUACAGCCAUUCAGGAAUACGAUGACUUAAACUACCGGCUCAACCAGCUUGAGCGGCCCGCGUCACUGCGUGGCAUCGGUGCCCAGUUGAAGGAUGUGGUGGUGGCCACCGGCAACGGGGUGGUCGCCAUUGUGCGCUGGACGGGUUCCAUUCCGUCGCGGAUCCAGCGCUUCCGCAGUAUGAGCAAGGAAGAAUGGCAGGCCAAAAAGUCGCAGAUGUGGAAGAAUUUCAAGCAUGAAGCGCACCACUACUGGGUUGGGUUCAAACUCUUGGCGUACGAGGUACGGCUGGCGUCAGGCUACGCUUUGAAAGCAGCGAGCGGAGAGACGCUGACCAGACGUGAGCGGCGGCAGCUCACCCGCACCACCGCCGACCUGUUCCGACUGGUGCCCUUGAUCAUUAUUGUGGUGGUUCCCUUUUUGGAGUUCGCCCUCCCCGUGCUGCUCCGUCUGUUCCCCAAUAUGCUGCCCUCCACGUUCGAGGACAAGUUGAAGAAGGAGGAGGAGAUGAAGCGAAGGUUGGCGGUCAAGAUUGAGCUGGCCAAGUUCCUGCAGGACACGGUCAGUGAGAUGGCCAAGGACCUGCAGCGGACCGCCAAGGGCUCGCAGGCCUUCACGGCGGUGGAGCUGUACGAGUUCAUCCAGAAGAUCCGCUCCGGAGCCGCCGUCGAGAACCACGAAAUUAUUCGGUUCGCCCAGCUAUUCAACGACGCACUGACCCUGGACAACUUGGAGCGGGUGCAGUUGGUGUCCAUGGCCCAGUUCGUGGGGAUCAACCCCUUCGGUACGGACCAGUUCCUAAAAAACAGAUUGAGGGCCCACCUACAGCAGAUAAAGCACGAUGACUACCAGAUCGAGCGGGAGGGUUUGGAGAACCUGACCGAGGACGAGUUGCGACAGGCGCAGCUUCAGGACUGGUUGGACUUGUCGCUGCACCGCGGUCUGCCCUCCUCGCUGCUGCUGCUCAGCAGGGCCUUCACCAUCACCGCGUCAGUGAAGGACGUGGCGGCCAAGAAGGAUUUGGCGUAUGAGAAGCUGAAGGAGACGUUGUCCGUCAUUCCCGAGGAGGUGGUGGAGACCGUGGAAUACGAGGCGCUUGGCGGGGCAGCGGGACCGCAGGGUUUGGAGAAGAAGUUGGAGUUCCUGAAGCGCGAGGAGGAGCUCAUUAAAGAGGAGGCGGCGGCUGCUAAGGCGGUGGCAGCCAAGGCAGCUGCGGCGGCGGAGGCAGCGCCGGCGCUGUCUGCUGCCGCCGCCGCCGGCGCCACCAGCACCCUGGCGGCGGUGGCCGCCGGCGGUGCCAGCUCCAUGGCCUUCAGUUCCGCGGGUUUGCAAGUCGCCACGGGCACCCCCACCCCUCCCAUCUUUCCCCCCUCCUCCUCCUCCACCGCCUCCACCUCCGACUCCGACUCCGACUCCGCACUCCACGCCGGCCCCUCCUCCGCCUCCAAGCGCCUGGGCGCGCGGGUCACCAAGUUGCUUCACUCCAUCGAGCAGGAGCUGGACAAGGUGGAGUCUAAGAUCGGUGACAAGCUGCAGCUGCUGGAUACGGACCGCGACGGCCUGAUAUCUCGACAGGAGCUGGAGGCAGCCAUCAGCUUUUUGAAGACACAGCUUGAUCCGGCCGACCUAGAGCUGCUCUUCCAGAAGCUGGGCGCCGCCACCGCCGAUCCGUCCGUCCCCAUCAAAGUGGACGAGCUCAUGGCAGUGGCGGACAAGAACCGCAAAGCUGUCGAGGAGAAGGGCGCCGUGGCGGCGGCGACGACGACGUCGACCUCGUCUUCAUCGACGCGGCACAGCGAUAUUCACAAGGCUUUAGCGGCACGCGAAAAGGAGAAAAGAAGGGGCAAAACGUUAGAGGAAGCGGAGAAGCAAACGCGGUUUCCACCAGCCUUUUAA